UGUCUCGGAGCGUUGGUAGUUCCAGUGUGCCGGCUGCACGGAGACCGCGUCCGCGUCCGGGGAGUCGGACAAGCCCCUUCCCGGAGCGCAGCUGUGCGCUGCCGGGCGCCAUGCUUCUGCUGGGCAUCUUAGCCUUGGCUGUGGCCGCGCGACCCGCCGGCGGCUCUGAGCCAGAGAGGGAGGUAGUUGUUCCUAUCCGACUGGAUCCGGACAUCAACGGCCGCCACUACUACCGGCCGGGUCCCGAGGACUCCGGGGAUCAGGGACUUAUUUUUCAGAUCACAGCAUUUCAAGAGGAUUUUUACCUACACCUGACGCCGGAUGCUCAGUUUUUGGCGCCCGCCUUCGCCACUGAGCAUUUGGGUGCCCCCCUCCAGGGGCUCACUGGGAGCCCUUCAGACCUGCGACGCUGCUUCUACUCUGGGGAUGUGAACGCUGAGCCCGACUCGUUCGCCGCUGUGAGCCUGUGCGGGGGGCUACGUGGAGCCUUUGGCUACCGAGGGGCCGAGUAUGUCAUUAGCCCGCUGCCCAACGCUAGCGCGCCGGGGGCGCAGCGCAACAGCCAGGGCGCGCACCUUCUCCAGCGCCGAGGUGCUCCCAGCGGGCCUUUUGGAGACCCCACCUCUCGGUGUGGGGUGGCCUCAGGCUGGACCCCCGCCAUUCUGCGCGCUCUGGACCCUUACAAGCCGCAGCGGGCGCGCUUGGGGGAGAAUCGCAGCCGGCGCAGGUCCGGGCGCGCCAAGCGCUUCGUGUCCAUUCCGCGGUACGUGGAGACGCUGGUCGUGGCCGACGAGUCAAUGGUUAAGUUCCACGGCGCGGACUUGGAGCAAUAUCUGCUUACGCUGCUGGCCACGGCGGCGCGACUGUACCGCCACCCCAGCAUCCUCAACCCCAUCAACAUCGUCGUGGUCAAGGUGUUGCUUCUUGGAGACCGCGACGCUGGCCCCAAGGUCACAGGCAACGCAGCCAUGACUCUGCGCAACUUCUGUGCCUGGCAAAAGAAGCUGAACAAAGUGAGUGACAAGCACGCUGAGUACUGGGACACCGCCAUCCUCUUCACCAGGCAGGACCUGUGCGGAGCCACCACCUGCGACACCCUGGGCAUGGCUGACGUGGGCACCAUGUGUGACCCCAAGAGAAGCUGCUCUGUCAUCGAGGAUGACGGGCUCCCUUCAGCCUUCACCACCGCACAUGAGCUAGGACACGUGUUCAACAUGCCCCAUGACAAUGUGAAGGUGUGUGAAGAGGUGUUUGGGAAGCUCCGAGCCAACCACAUGAUGUCCCCAACCCUCAUCCAGAUCGACCGUGCCAACCCGUGGUCAGCCUGCAGUGCUGCCAUUAUCACUGACUUCCUGGACAGUGGGCAUGGUGACUGUCUCCUGGACCAGCCCAGCAAACCCAUCUCCCUGCCCGAGGACCUGCCGGGUGCCAGCUACACCCUGAGCCAGCAGUGUGAGCUGGCCUUUGGUGUGGGCUCCAAGCCCUGUCCUUACAUGCAGUACUGUACCAAGCUGUGGUGCACUGGCAAGGCCAAGGGGCAGAUGGUGUGCCAGACACGCCACUUUCCCUGGGCAGAUGGCACCGGCUGUGGAGAGGGCAAGUUCUGCCUCAAGGGGACCUGUGUGGAGAGACACAACCUCAGCAAAUACAGGGUGGACGGCUCCUGGGCCAAAUGGGAGGCCUACGGGCCCUGCUCGCGCACCUGUGGCGGGGGCGUGCAGCUGGCCCAGAGGCAGUGCAGCAACCCCACCCCUGCCAACGGGGGCAAGUACUGCGAGGGAGUGAGGGUGAAAUACCGAUCUUGCAACCUGGAGCCCUGCCCCAGCUCAGCCUCUGGUAAGAGCUUCCGGGAGGAGCAGUGUGAGGCUUUCAAUGGCUACAACCACAGCACCAACCGGCUCACUCUCACUGUGGCCUGGGUGCCCAAGUACUCAGGUGUGUCUCCCCGGGACAAGUGCAAGCUCAUCUGCCGAGCCAACGGCACUGGCUACUUCUAUGUGCUGGCACCCAAGGUGGUGGACGGUACACCGUGUACUCCUGACUCCACCUCUGUCUGUGUCCAAGGCAAGUGCAUCAAGGCUGGCUGCGACGGGAACCUGGGCUCCAAGAAGAGGUUUGACAAGUGUGGGGUGUGUGGGGGAGACAAUAAGAGCUGCAAGAAGGUGACGGGACUCUUCACCAAGCCCAUGCACGGCUACAAUUUUGUGGUGGCCAUCCCUGCGGGAGCCUCAAGCAUCGACAUCCGCCAGCGUGGCUACAAGGGGCUGAUUGGGGAUGACAAUUACCUGGCCCUGAAGAACAGCCAAGGCAAGUACCUGCUCAACGGGCACUUCGUGGUGUCGGCUGUGGAGCGGGAUCUGGUGGUGAAGGGCAGCCUGCUGCGGUACAGUGGCACGGGCACAGCGGUGGAGAGCCUGCAGGCCUCCCGGCCCAUCCUAGAGCCCCUGACCGUCGAGGUCCUCUCCGUGGGAAAGAUGACACCUCCCCGAGUCCGCUACUCCUUCUAUCUGCCCAAAGAGCCUCGGGAGGACAAGUCCUCCCACCCCAAGGACCCCCGGGACCCUUCUGUGCUGCAUAACAGCGUCCUCAGCCUCUCCAACCAGGUGGAGCAGCCAGACGACAGGCCCCUGGCGCGCUGGGUGGCAGACAGCUGGGGGCCCUGCUCUGUGAGCUGCGGCAGUGGCCUGCAGAGGCGGGCGGUGGACUGCCGGGGCUCCCCCGGGCAGCAUGUGGCCUCUGCCUGCGAUGCUGCCCACCGGCCGGCGGAGACACGAGCCUGUGGGGAGCCCUGCCCAACCUGGGAGACCGGCGCCUGGUCCCCCUGUUCUAAGAGCUGUGGCCGGGGAUUUAAGAGGCGUCCGCUCAAGUGUCUGGGCCACGGAGGCCGGCUGCUGGCCCGGGACCAGUGCAACCUGCGACGUAAGCCCCAGGAACUGGAUUUCUGCAUUUUGAGACCGUGCUGAGGGGGGUCACCCCUUUCUCCCCCUCACUCUUGGCCCCACUGGGGUGCUGGUGUUCUGACCAGCUUGAGCAGUGGGCAGAGGACGGUGGCCAGGGCUCAUGCCAUGACGUCACUCACAUCCAGGGACAAGGACUGUGGGCUGGGGUGAGAGGUUCCCUCUUCCUCCCUGGACUGGGCAGAGGGGAGCUGACCAAUGCACAGUCUACCUCAGGCCCGCUCCUCGGGGCCCAGUUGCGGGGAGAGGUGCAGGUGCUGGAAGAAGGUGCUGAGGCCCAGUUUCCGAGGGACCCGGAGGAUGGGCACCUCCCAGGCAGUACUUCAGGGACCCUGUCAGGGAUGCCAUAGGCUGCUGAAGAGCCACGGCUCAGCAGCUUGGCACCCUUGGGUGGCCAUGGGGGCUCUGAGCCAUCUCUGAACAAGGCAGGGUUUUCAUGGUGCUUUUAGCUCACUUUUCUUUUCUGACAUGGACUGAACUAUGAAAACUGGCUGUGGUGGGUGGAAACCUAGGGGAGAAUGAGGCCAGAUGUUAAGUGGACCCUACUACUUCAUUUGGAAAGAGGUAGAUGAGCCCAGGGAGUCCAAGGUUUCUCAUCUUCUACGCUUGACCUCCCUUAAAGGACCAGCUCUUCCCUCUCAUGUCCAGGCCUCACAAGUGGGAAGGUGGCUGUUUAGGGGUCCUCUGAGGCUCUGCAGGUGGAGGGAAGAGUCAGCAGGGAUCCAGCGCCUCCUUCACGAGAGAGCUGAGCAUUAUGAAGACGGUGGCACUUAGGAGGUGAUGGAUUCUGCUGCUGCAGUUGGGAGUUUGAGGAAAGAUUGAGAGGGUUCUGCUGUCCCUGGGGCUGGGGUGGGUGAGUGCGGAGCUCUAGGGCUGGCUUUGGGGUAUGUCACCUUGGGGUGGGGAGGAGGCGGUGCUGGUUCCGAUGGCUUCUUUCUCCCGAGAGGCCCGUGUAAGUGAGGCUGAUGCUGUAGGCUCUGCCUUGCCUUGGAGAACCUCCACAGUGACCGUAGCCCCAUACCCACUGCAAGGGGCUGUGCCUUGGAGGAUUAGGUGCUGGACGUGUGCAUGUGCCUGCAAAUGAGUCUCCAUCCUGAUAGCUACUGCUGUCUGCCUCGCACACGUUACAUUGCGUCCCCAGGCCUUAGCGAUGGGGUUCACUGUUUGCUACCUCACUUGAUUCUCUCCGGGAACCUAGCCCUGUUCCCCCCAGGACAGUUGUGGCCUGGCCUUUCCACCACAGCCAGCUGUCAUGUUCACUGAGUUGUUGCUUCGCCACAGAGAGAAGUGUGUGUGCAUGGCCUCUGCCUCCCCAUGGCCUGGCCACCUGCUGGGGCCUCUGGAUCUGGGGUCUCUUCUCAGGUGCCUUGGGAGCAGGUUUCAGAGGCACCAAGGAUCAAUGACUUGACCCAGGGGAACUGCUAGAGACUUGUCUGUCUUGCAGACAUGUCAGUGCAGUGGCAACCCGGCCAUUGCCUAUAGCUGCGGUUGAGGGGAUAUUCUGAGGCUAGAGUUCCUUUGGCUAAGCAGGGUAUUUCUUGAAGGUGCAGAUGUUCCAAUGCGGACAUUGGGUAAUUUUCUUAUGAGUACAGGUAACAAGUCCAGGACAUCACUGAGAUAAGAACAAGGCAUAUGGCUUCCUUGGGGAGAGGGGUUCAGUCUUUUGAUGUGAUUUUCCCUAAUAGUCAAAAUCCACAAACCAGCCAGCCAGCCAGGGUCCUGGGGUGGUGUCCUCAUGUCCUUGCCUGGUCUAAUCCUGGGCUGCAGCCCUUGGAUAGAGCUUCUGCAGUGGCUGGGGCUGUGCAGUUGCUCUGAGGCAGGGUGGCAGGGACAAAAGGGGGACCCAGGGCACCAUCUGACAGCGGCACUGCACCCUGGGCGUGGUGCACCCCCUCUGCAGUGAUGUGCAGGGGCUGUGCAGAGCAGGCAGGGGAAAGGUGGGGGGGAGAGGCAGGGAGGUGCCACUGGGGGAGGGGUGCUGGCCCCAGCAGAGCGGCUUUUGCCAUAGGUCACUUUACAAAUCAUUUCAAGGAAGAACGACCACUCUUGUUACUGACACAAGCCAGGCCUGAAUACUCUUUUCCAUUGUGGUAUUUUUUAUCUUUUCUAUUUUUCUUUUUAAAAGAAGAAUGACUGUGACAACUUGGGAAGUUUGUCUUGUCUUUGAACAUUUCAUUAAUCCAGAGUGGAGACUCACAGCACAGGUUUCUAGUGACGGAACAAAAAGCACAGGUGGCGAUGUCUAUAGGAGAAGAAGCGCAUUCUGGCAGCUCCGGCAACUUCUUCAGUGGGGUGUGGACCAACAUGGCGCUGGGCUCAGGACUCCCUAGCCUCGUCUGCUCAUCUUGUGCACUGAUCAGAGGAGUCUGAUCCAAACACACUCUUACGGACUUUGUUAUACUGGAGUGGGGGGCUGGACGGAGUUGAGGACAGUUUGAGAGACCUGAGCGUCCCCAGCAUGGGAGUUGGCUCCUGAAGGCACCUGACACUGUUAUCAGUAGAAGCCCCACCGUUGGUAUUUGGUUCUUUUGCAUUCCAUGUACUGCAGAGGGAUGGGAGGCCCUGGGUCCUGGCUGGGCUCUGUAUACUGUGUAUACAUGGGAGCUGGCUGCUGAGGUGACAAAAGCCUGCUCCUAAUAAAGUCGUAAGUAUUUA